AUGGCUGGCGAUGAUCGUGACCCCAUCGUCGUCUCGACUGCCACCGCCUGUGUGCAUCAAUCGGACCUCGAGACCUUGGGCAAGGACGAGUGGGUUGGAGACAACAUCUUAGCCUUCCAUGCCGAGUGGCUAGACGAUCUCGGCACGCGGCUCAAUGAGGCCAGCUCCGCGCCUUCGGUCAAAAUGAUGCCUCCUUCCGUGGUCGAGCUGCUUUGUGCGCUCGACGAGGAGGCAGGCAACCAAGCAUCCUCGGUCGUGCCAACACCAUCCGAGCGCUUUCUUCUGCUUCCUGUCAGCGAUCGCUACAGCUCCUCGAGCCCCGGGCACUCGGCCGGCGGUAGUCACUGGAGCCUCUUGUUCAUCGACGCCCACAAGGGCGACAGCUUCCACUUAGACUCUCUCGGAGACAUCAAUCGCACCGCAGCCAACACCGUGCAGGACAGCAUUCGCACGCUGAUCCAGGCCAAGUCCGGCGGCACAUUGCGCCCAGCCAAACCACGCAACGUCGAAUGCCUCCAGCAGCAGGCCAACGGCAGCGACUGUGGCAUCUACGUCCUCUUUCUCUCCAGUCUUUUACAUCGUCGCCUCUCCGACGACAGUCAACCGGACAAGCUCGACGCCCUGAUCCAAGACGUCUGCGAAUCGUCGACACCAGACACGGUGAUGAAGUUCCGGCACAAGUACCUCUCCUGGCUGCAAACAUGGGGCGAGGUGACGCACCACGAGGAGCACGUCCAGCCCGACCAGCGCAUCCGUGCACGCUUUCUCCAACUUUUUUCGGGUCUCGGUGUGGAUCCUAGCCGAUCUGUUACCGCGAUGGCCAAGACGCUCGACCCUGUUCAGGCCGCGCGCAGGGCGGCGAUCCAGCGUGAGUCCAAGCGCAACAAGGAGCGCAAGCAGCAGGCACAGCAGGCACGCGCAUUGCGCCAAGACACCGCACCACUCGAGCGCCAGAUCCGUCGCCUCGAGUCCCGACAAAAUACACUCAGCGAGGACGAUCAGGAAGAGUUGCAGCGUCUCCAGCGCGAGGUUGCCGACGUCAAGCGCAUCAAAGAAGAAUACGUUCGCCAGCAUCCGGAUCAGCGUAACUUUGUCCGCGGAUACGAGGAAAAGACUCCCAGCGAAUCCAAGCCUGGCGAAUCGAGCAACGCAUCUCAGCAAACCGCACCAGCAACCACUCACGUCAGCCAGAAUGCGCCGUCGCGGGAUCCGAAAUGGAGUAUUUACUACGAUCCCGUCUUCAAUCCAUACGGAGCACCUCCGCCGGGCAUGCCUUACCUGGAGAAGCCUCACUCGCAGCCAGUAGCCGAAGGACUCUUGGACGUGGCAAAGCCACCCCCGCUACCCGAAGAAACGGCCGACUUUGAAGAUGCUGGCUCGAACGAAGACAGCGAUGACUCGGGCAUCGACGACGACCUCAAAGACAUUGUCAUGCCGGCAGGACCUCCGCCCAUCAAUUUCGCGUCGAAUCAAGGGGAGGUCCGUCAAGGUCCAGCCACAGCUGACCGAGGCCGAAACGUGCGUGGCACGGGCAAGGCAAGUGGCCGGCCACCAGGCCCAGAUCAACACAGAGGUGGGAGACACGGUCCAGGUAAUGGCAUUGGUCGAGGCAUGGCGAGACCGAUUCACAGCGCCGCCGGACUCCCUGCGCGGCCUCCUCCUGGACUUCCGCAACGGCCUCCAGUACCUGUGGCGGACGCCACAGGCUCCAGACUACAAGCAUCUGCCCCCGCAUCUGGAACGCCCAAGCCACCAGGACCGCCGCCUGCAGUGCCCGACGGCGUCGUGAUCUCGGCAGAGCCGCAGCUGCGCGACUUGAGAAAAGAGACCACGGCAUUCGUCCCGGCGGCGAUUCGCAAGAAGCAGCAAGAAGAAAAGGCAAGGAUGAAGCGAGGACUUCCCGGCAGGAUCGAUGCAGCCCCGCUCUCGGAUCACAUGGCCGGCCCGGCAGAUGCCGCUCAGAAGGAGCGGCCGGAUCUGCUCAAGUCUGUGCAGGCGCAUCUGCCCAGCAAGGCUGCCGACGCUUCAGGAGGACAUGGAUCGAACGAAGGCGGCAGCAGCGCGCAAGACUACGAUCGAUUUCUGCGCGAGUGGGUCGAGCGAGGCAAUGCGGAUGAAGCACCUGCGCCAUCCGAGCUCGCCUGGCCGCAGAUGAGAUGCAAGGUACACGGCCAGAGCGGAAUCGAACGCAUCAGCCGCAAUCCGCCCGCACAAACGAUUCACGACGGCCAUACGUCUCGCGACAACGUCAAGAUGCAUUUGCCUGGGCACAUCAUCGGUGGUGUACUCGCCUUGUAUUUUUGCGCCGUUCGAGUUGCCUCAGCUGCGGCGCCGACGUGCACAAAGGUGCUUACCUGUGACGUGAAGGGAGACGACUCGCCCGAGGCCGGGCUGCGACAGGUGGAUGAACAUGCGCUGCGGACCAUGUACUGCGCCAUGGGCUGCGACUAUGCGGUGAACCAUGCGAUACCGCAUGCCUUUUCGACGUACAUCAAGCCGAUUUGCUCGGUCGAGAAGGAGGAGAACCAGAUCGAGUUCAAGAAGUACGAAAAGGAUGGCAAGGACAGCAGAAGGCGCCGAAGUCUGCGCUGGGAGCGUGGCCAACGUGCGCCGGGAAAAACACGGCGAGAUAUCGACGCCUACACUGUCGGAAGCGCGCAGAUCAAAUUUUGCUGCACCGACCAGAGCGGAGUGGAUUACACCGAGGCGGCGGCCAAGAGAAUCGGUCUCGAGCUUUCGAUCUGCAAGGGUCACGCAAAGGACUAG